CUGUCGACAAAUCAAUCGCAUCAAGUAACUGAAAGAACAGUCAGCUCGAUUACCAAGUCUCACGAUCCCAUCGCACAUCAACACAUCCCCAAAACAAACAAAUACCAAGAAUCACAAUGACCGGCGCCACCUCGAACCCCCAGGUCUGCCCUGUCGUUGGCACCACAAACUCGACUCUCCCUCCCAGCCACCCGGACAUCGAUCUCUCCCAGCCCGGCCAAACAUGCCCGGUCGUGGGGGCCUCAACCGAUCACCACCACAACCUCCACAAGCACCCUCAAGUGUCCCAGCCCGAGGGUCUCAAGCGCUUGGACGACGCCUCGGCCUGCCCCGCCCUCAACAGCCGCAUUGUCAACGAGCCCAAGUCCAAGGAGAUGGACGAUGAGGUCUGCCCUGUGGUCGGCACAGCGACGACGGUUCUGUCCCCCGAUCAUCCCAACAUUGAGGGCGCGCCGGAGGAUGCCGAGUGCCCUGUCACCAAGGCCAAGGUCGCACAUCACAAGGGCAAGGUCCACGAACACCCGGAUUUGAAGAGCGCCAGCGAGGGCGCCGUUUGCCCGGUUGCGGGGAAGUUGUGGGUAGUGAGAGAAACAAACGGUUACACGGCGUCUAUGCUAGGGGAUCAAGUCUGAAGGAUAACAAUAUAAAUGAAUAUUGGUAUCGGAUCAAUUAGUCCGUUU